ACGAAACCGGUUCAGGAAACCUUUUCUCACAUAAUUAUUACACAGUUUUGUUUUUGUCAUGAUAUAUUUUUGAUGGUAGAAGGACAAUGUCCAGACCAAGCAGCUCAAGACCAUGUUCAGCAAGGACUAAUACUGUGAAUCUUUUCCCAUCUCUUAAAGGGUUUGUUUUCACAGAAAAGCUUGGAAGUGGAACAUAUGCCACUGUUUACAAAGCUUAUAAGAAGACUGGAGGCAGAGAUGUUGUUGCUAUUAAAUGUGUUCUGAAGAGUAGCUUAAAUAAAGCUUCAACGGAAAAUUUACUCAGAGAAAUUGAAUUACUUAAGAAACUUAAGCAUGAAAAUAUUGUGGAAUUAUAUGAUUUUCAGUGGGACGAAAAAUACAUAUUUCUUAUUAUGGAGUUUUGCAGUGGAGGUGAUUUAUCUAGAUUUAUUAGGUCAAAAAGAACGUUACCGGAAAGAGUUGUUAAGAAAUUUUUGAAACAGCUUGUAAGUGCCAUGUUAUAUUUGCGAGAACACAAUGUUGCUCACAUGGACCUAAAACCACAGAAUGUGUUAUUGACAUCAGCUUCAAAUCCAACUGUUAAAAUUGCUGAUUUUGGUUUUGCUAAACAUAUGUUUGAUGGAGACAAAGAAAGUGUUAUGAAAGGAUCACCGUUAUACAUGGCUCCAGAGAUUAUUUGUCAGAAAACGUAUGAUGCACGAGUUGAUCUCUGGUCUAUUGGAGUAAUUUUGUAUGAAUGUUUAUUUGGGAGAGCACCAUUCGCUUCAAAAUCAUUCCAAGAACUUGGGGCAAAGAUUUGGAAUGACAAGCCUGUUGAGUUGCCAUAUGGUGUAAGUGUAGGUGAAGAUUGUGGAGACCUUAUAACUAGACUGUUGCAAAGGGAUCCAGAUAAACGCAUAACUUAUGAAGAGCUGGCCAAACAUUCCUUUAUUGAUAUAGAACAUUUACCUUCAUCAUCAAGUCUUCAGAAAGCAGUUUCAGUUGUAAAAGAUGCUGUCACUGAAGAUACCAAGGGAAAUUAUAGCAACGCCAUAAGACUUUACUGUAAAUCACUAGAAUAUUUCAUGCCAGCCAUACAUCAUGAAAAGUGCGAGAACAAGAAAGAGGCACUCAGAAAAAAGGUAAAGGAGUAUAUGAAUAGAGCAGAAGAACUUAAGAAGAUGAUAAGACCCAAAAAAGAUUCUGAAAUGAGAAGAAGCGUUUCAUCAGAUCCUAUGGAAGAGCUUUUGGAUUUAUCAAAAGAUGACGAAGAGCUUCAAGCAGCACUUAAAGUUAUCAAAGCUGCAGAAAUGGAGGAAUCAAAUGAAGAAUAUGAACGAGCAUUAACACAUUAUGAACUUGGUUUAAAGACUGUUAUCACAUAUUUAAAGGAAGACUCUAAUAGUAGGAGAAAAAAGUUACUAUCAAAACAGGCAAGUGUAUGGAUGUCUGAAGCUGAAAAAAUAAAAUCCUUUUUAGAUGUUAGUCUGUUAAAUACAAAUGACACAUCAGGUCAGGAGGAGAUGGAAGAAAAUGAACACUUACAAACUGGUACCUGCAAUUUACAGUGAAUAUUUUAAGGAAAGGAUUGCAGAAAUUAUAUUUAUAUUUUCUGUUCAAAUAUUUGCACAUAAUUAUAAGAAUUAGGGAGCAUCCAUUUGAUUUUUAGUGGUCAACAGAAGUGAUCUCAGUUUCAAGGUUUUUUCAUGCCUCUUUGAAACUACUAUGAGCUCACUGGUACAAGUUCAAGAGCUUUAACAACACUUGUUGGUAAUUUUCCAUAUGGAAUAGAUAUAAGAAGAUGUGGUAUGAGUGCCAAUGAGACAACUCUCCAUCCAAGUCAAAAUUUAUAAAAGUAAACCAUUAUAGGUCAAAGUACGGUCUUCAACACGGAGCCUUGGCCUCACACCAAACAGCAAGCUAUAAAGGGCCCCAAAAAUUACUAGUGUAAAACCAUUCAAACAAGAAAACUAACGGUCUAACUUAUUUAAUUCAUAGGUUAUCAAUGUUUACUUAAUUCCUUUGACUGUCAUCUAGUAUCAAACCAACAUGGCCACUGUUACUAAAUUUAGAACAUACAUGAGGGUCUGGAUGGGGUUUACAGAAUAGAAAAUAAUGGGCAAAGAGUGCAGAAUAAAGGGCAAAAAAUAAAGAAUAGGGAAAAAUAGACCAAAAAAAUAAAAAAUAAACAAUCUGAUUAUUUUUGUAUUUGUGUUCAAUCAUGACCUUUCUUUUUUACUAUGACUUUUUAUAUCUCUUCUUUGUCCUUUAGAAUUUAAAUUGCUGCUCCCUUAGUUACACCAUUUUGUAACAAUUAAUGUUUAUGGUUUCAAAAUGCAUACAAGUUAUUUAUUUAAAUUAUUACAAUCAGUCUGUGAUUCCAAGAGUGCCAUUUAUGUUUUAAUUUUAGCUAGUACUUUUUAGUAGUAAUUGACAUAUUUUGAAAUAAAAUGAUAAUGUUAUGGUGAUGGUUUGAGAAAAAGAGAUUUCUGUAUGUACAACUUGUGUUUGUUUAAUAAUCUUCAUAAAGUAUGCUCAUGAUCAAAAGCUUGGAAGCAAGAAAUGUAAAAUAUUUAAGAUUCUAGAAGGCAACAGGAUCUAAAUUCAAACUCCCAUAUUGCCUAAGGUUAACUUUGCCUUCAAGGCAGACUGAGUUAACAUUACAGCCUUACUUUUAGAGGUAGUACAAAUUUCAGGACUUUGACUAAAGAAGCAGAAAUUUGAAUUUGUAUAGAACAUUCAAACGUUAAAAAAUCAAAAAUUUAUCAUUGAAUAUUUUAAAAACUGUAGGAAAAAUUGUAAUUGAAUUUUGUAAAAGUUAAGUUGGAGCUUGAGUAUCUAAAACAGUUUAGAAUAUUGCUGUGUUCAUGGUGUUAUCAGAACUUGAAACAUUAAUGACGCAUUAACUGUAUCUUUACACAACUUUUUUUCUAAUUGAAAUUGGUAGACAAGAUGGUGCUAAUUAGCAUCUCUAAAAAAGGUGCAUGUUAUAAAUUAGUGCAUAAUUCUGAUUUUGGUGAUAAGCACCUGUCAAGAUACUUUUGUUAAGUCAUAGAAAAGAAUUUUUUACAGUAAUCUGGUACUGUAGAUAAUUAACAUAAUUUGUUGUUAAAGUGUCAGAAAAUUACAUGGAAAUUACUAGGGAAGAGAUUUUCUGUUCUUAGAUUACAUUUAUUUGCAGUUUAAUGACUGUAUGAUAAAAGUUCAAGGUUUAUAGAUUUAUAAAAGAAAAGUUACACGGUUUUACUUUUGGUACAUGUAUUUGCAAAACGUAUGUUCAUGAGUUUUUGUGUUAUUGUACGCAGAUGAUACAGUGUUAUUUUCUGAUAAUGCAUCUGAUCUACAGUUGCAAUUAGAUAUAUUCCAUGAUUAUUGCAGAACCUGGAAAUUGAAAGUAAACACUAGUAAAACUAAGAUUAUAAUUUUUUCUAGUGUUAGAUUACCCAAAAAUAUUAAUUUUAUAUAUGAUGGAAAUGCAGUUAAUGAACUGACAUACCUUGGGUUAAAUUUUUCAAGAACAGGUAGCUUUAUGAGUGCUAAGAAAAUUUUAGUUCGAAAAGCAAAUAAAGCAAUGUAUGAAGUAUUGAAAAAGGGGAGGUUGCACAAUUUGUCAGUGAAAUCCCAAUAUGAUCUAUUUGAUAAAAUUGUGAAGCCAAUCCUACUAUAUGGAUGCGAGAUUUGGGGUUUCAGUAAUACUGAUAUUAUAGAAAGAGUGCACUUAAAAUUUUGUAAACUAUUACUAAACCUUAAGAAGUCGACACCUAAUUUUAUAAUUUAUGGUGAACUUGGUAUUUAUCCCACGUCUUUAUAUAUACAGCUGCGUAUGGUUAAUUUUUGGUCAAAAAUGGUAAAUAGGGAUGAUAACAGGAUUGCUAAAAUAUUAUACAGAUACAUGUUCUUGAAGAAUUCUGACAACCAAUUUAGGUCAGAUUGGUUGAAAUACGUUAAAGAUACAUUAGAUAGAUGUGGGUACAGCAAUCUAUGGUUGUCACAAGGACAUUUUAAUCCUAAAUGGUUAGGUAUUAGUUUAAAACAAAGGUUAUUUGAUCAUUUUCAACAGAAAUGGAGAGCAGAUAUUGACUGUUCAUCAAAAGGUUUGGCCUACAAAUUGUUUAAACAAAAAUUUGAAUACGAAGAAUAUCUGAAUAUUUUAAGUGAUAAAGAUAGAAUAACAUAUUGUAGAUUUAAAACGGGAAACCACAAGUUACCCAUCGAAACUGGUAGAUGGAAUAAAAUUGAACGUAACUUUAGAUAUUGUAAUUUAUGUCAUUGUAACGGGAUUGGGGAUGAAUUUCAUUACAUUUUGCAGUGUAGUUCUUUGACAAACUUUCGAGCACAAUAUUUGGAUACUUUUUUCUUGCACAGAAGUAAUAUACUAAAGUUUGGAAAACUAUUUCAGUUAAAAUUAAAAAAUAAGUUAAAAAAGCUGUGCAAAUUUAUCAGGGUUAUAACUUUUCAAGCAAGUCUUCCUGGUUAAUCACCACUCUUCGCCACUACUGUGUUAUUUUGUUUUAUUUUAUUUUUUCUUCUCAACUUGUCGUGUGUUUAUGUUAUGUUAUAACUUUUGAUGAACUUCUUUGUACCAUUGUAACUAUAUGGUGUUUGAGAAAUAAAGAAUCUUGAGAACUUUUCAGAAUCAAAUAAAUAUAUUGACAUAAAGUUUGCCAAUGUCUUGAAUGGCAUGCCGAACCAUAAUUACCAUGCCACAACAUUAUAUUGACAUUGGGCAUUGGUGACAAAAAUAUAUUUUAUAAAUGGAAAGCUUUUGAAAACUUGUGGGGCAAACUUGGAUGCUGCUUAAUGCUUUCAGAAAUAUGCCUUUUGUGGUGUAUUUUUAAUGAUUUCCCUUGAAAUUACUGCAUUGUGAUGUUUAAAUUGACAAUUUGGAUUAUAUUAUGAUUUUUUUUCAGUAAGUGCUACUUUGGAUAACUUCAUUAUCAUAUAUGCAAUACUUCAAUUUUUAUUUACAAUAAUUAUUUAUUUUUAUUCCUACACCAUAAAAUUUAUAUACAAGUCCAUGUUCCUUGUUUGUAUUAGUUACAUCAUGUACUUGUAUAUCUUGCUUAUAUUUUGCAAAUUUUGAAAAAACAUAGUGUGUAUAGCAUAAUAUUUCAUGUUUUAUCAGUCAAUAUUGUAGUGGUAAAAAAAAAUGAUUAAUGUGUGUACAUGUAAUUAAGUCUGAGUGAGGAUUGGGUUUAUGAAUUCAUGAACUUGUACUUGAGUUUCAGUUGAAUUGUUGUUAUUUUAUGCACUACAUAUAUAGUGUGCUGUUAUAUUAAAAGUAAAAUUAUUUGUAUUA